AUCCCUGGUGCUGGGCCAUCCUGGGGGAAUGGGAGGAGCCCCUUUGGAGGACAAUAAACUCUGGAAUGAGGGUGUGGGCUGCUGCUCCUCGCUCCCCCCCUCAUUCCACAUGCAUGAUGAUACCAUAUCCCUCCAUCUCGCUGGCUUCUUGGGGUUUUUUUUUUCUUUUUUUUCUCUUUUCCCAGAAAUUGUAUUUUGAAGACAACGAAAAGGAGAACGUGUUCUGGGUGUGGCUGCAUGUGAUUUACCCAAUAGCCAAACUGGGGGGGCGCCGAAGGGGAAAAGCAGAGCGUCUGCUGCUGAAGGGAGUGGAAGCUGAGGGCUGCAGGAUGAAGACCUCUGGAAUCCGUAUACUGUUUUGUGUCUUAACACUCUUCUUGUCCCCAGCUGACUGGUUUCCAUGGAUGGUCAAUGGGCAAGAACCAGAAACUGCUACUGGUGGAGUUCCCCCUGACAGCUCUGGUGCAGCUGCCACACCACCUGUGCCUCUUCCUCCUGUUCAGUCUGACAGCGAAACAGCCACGGCUUCAUCAGACUGCCGUGAGGAAAAGUUCCCCUGCACGCGCCUGUACUCUGUUCACAAGCCAGUAAAGCAGUGUAUCAGCUACCUCUGUGUUACAAGUGUGCGUCGCAUGUACGUAAUAAACAAGGAGGUGUGCACUCGCAUUAUCUGCAAGGAGAACGAGGUCAUGCAAGAUGAGAUCUGCCGCCAGCUGGCUGGCCUUCCUCCUCGACGCCUCCGCCGCUCCGGGCAGCCCCUGCCUCUCCCUUGCAGACAGCUCCUGGAGCAGCAGCGCAGGCCUGAUGCUCUGUGAGCACCAACUGUAGGAGAGGAGAAGGAAGAGAGAGAAGAGAAAGCAUUAUCCACUACCUACAGUUCAAGACAAGUGCUUCUUGUUUGUGAUUCCCCCGUUAUUUCCUUGCUUCUGUGCCUUCUUCUACAUCCUCUUCUUCAGGUGCUGCAGGGCACAGAGUAUCCUCUCUGCCAAUCUGUCAUGGUAGCUGUUGUCAUCUUUAUAAUCUAUUACUAGGACAGGGGACUCUCUCCUCUUUUCUCUCACACUCUGCCUGGCAAGCUGUGAGCUGCUCAUUUCCCAGAGGUCCUUAUAAAUGUGCUGCACCUUCUCUUGCUUUGCCCCUGGAGAGACCCAGAAAUGGGGACAGGAUGAAGUCCUCCCAAUGGUACAGAUGCCUUAAGCUACAUCUCAUCUCACCUUCAUGCCCUAGGACUCCUGCCCUAAAUUUCUUGCCUGGCAUCAGCAGGAGCUCAGAUGUGGUUGGUCAGCCUGAGCCUCUCAGAUUCUCCCAAGCCACUGAGUUUGUUGUGUGAUAGCACAUUCUCCUCCUUGUGUCUGCUGGCCUCAGGGAAGUGACAGAACUGGGAGAUGAGCUAUGAGCUGUCCUGAACCCAAGGCACCCCUCACUGGGUGGCAACAGAUCAUUUAUAACUACCUCUGGGAAGUUUUUGACUCAAGCCCAUUGCCUCCCUCACACACAUCUCCUACCAAAAGGAAAAAAUCUGGAUUUAGUAUGGCAUUAUAUUUUUCUCAAAAAGAUUAUGUUGGAUCAGAGUGCUGCAUCUCUCCUCUCCUCUCCUCUCCUCUCCUCUCCUCUCCUCUCCUCUCCUCUCCUCUCCUCUCCUCUCCUCUCCUCUCCUCUCCUCUCCUCUCCUCUCCUCUCCUCUCCUCUCCUCUCCUCUCCUCUCCUCUCCUCUCCUCUCCUCUCCUCUCCUCUCCUCUCCUCUCCUCUCCUCUCCUCUCCUCUCCUCUCCUCUCCUCUCCUCUGUUCUUGUCCCUCCUUUCCCACUGAAGCCAUCUCUUGAUGCCCAUUCCAGGCAAGUUUCAGGGAGCAGUAAUUACAGCUGCCUCCACUCCUAAGCCCAAGAAAGCCCAUGAAGAACCUGUGUGACCUGACAUUACUGAGACCUUGCAAUGAAUUUUCUUGUCUUGGUGUCUUGUCUUGGUCUGGCUACCUCCACACUCUCCAGUUGCUGUGCCUGCUUUCAAUCUCCAGUUGAGUUCCUACCUCCUGACCUGGAAGCUCCUGCACAAAGCAGGAGGGAGUUGCAAGUUGGAAUUGGGUGUGGGAGCAGAAUCAUUAUCUGGGAUUGCUGUUUAUCUGGCACCUGGGAUUUUUCUGCAGAAUCUCUGACUGUGCUGACCCGCACAGGGCCAGGUGCUGAUGGGGAAGGUAAACAUAUCUGCAGGUGUAAGUGCUUUUACAGGCCAGCCUGGGCAGAAGAAUUCACUGUGGCAGCACUGGAUGUCUGGUCUGCUUGCAGACUUCGUUUUCUAGGUAUAUGGAGAACAUUUCCAGGUAUAUGGGCAGUUUUUGUGAUGAGACCAGGUAGGGUAAGCAGGGAAGAGCAGUCUGAAUUGCACUAAUCACUCCAUGUGACUCUUAGUGGCAUGAUUCUGUGGGGCACCAGAGGAUCAGCAAGACCCUGUCUCUAGGAUCUCUGUGUUGUUCCCAAGUAGCUGAAAGCCAGCUUGCUAGAUUUGGCAUUCAGUCCCCUCACAUCAUCUGCUGAACCCUUCAGGCUUGCAGGAGCACUGCCCUGUUGCACAGAGCCAGGGUCACACAGUUCUGGGGACAGUUUGCUGCACAGAGGCAGAUGUUUGGGAAAAAGAGCCAAAACAAUUAGUGUAGGACCAUCUUGCCAGGACCUGCAUUUCUGCUGUAUGCAGCAAGAAGCUGGUCACAUCCUCUGUGGGGGGGAAGACACCCCCAAAAAUUAGCCUUAGAUGGGCUAAAUCUCUAUAUCCAAUGUACAGGAGAAAGAAUUCCAAAUCAUGCAGUGACCAGAAUUUUAUCCUACAUAUGGGAACACUGCACUGCUACUCAGAGGGUGAUGCUCCUCGCGAGUACUCCAGGCUCAUGAGACUAGGAAUGAAGGAGGGAUUUCUUUGUACUGAGAGGGUGCACAUUUCUGUAGAGAGGAGGGUACUGAGAGCUUGAUCUCAACGACAUUCAAGCCACUGUCUUCCAUGCCACAGGGAUACCUGUGAAAAUUUCCUGUGUGGAGGAAGGUAGGAUGGAGAUGGAUCUUGGAAAUUGGACUGGGUCAAGUCUGUUCUCUGUAUUUAGAGGUGAAUAUUCGUCACUAUAGAUACAUAACUGGGUAACAUAGCUACUGUACAGCAUAUAGAAAUUUAACUUUCAUACAGGUUGGGAAGUGGUUAGAAGCCUUUCUGUUUCUUGCUUUCAGCAGGGACAGGAAGAGGUGCUCCUGUCCAGGAGAACACUGUUUUAAUGGUAGAGUCUAUAUAAUCCAUAUUAAAAGAAAAUUUAUUUCUUGUUAUUCUUGGCAAA